CACAACGAAACAGUUGAUUCAAUUAAUGAAAGUACAUAGGUACCUAGGUGUAGUUGUUCAGGUUAAAAUGUUCCGUAGAUUGUACCUAAUAUUAUUUCAUUAAAUGUUGUACACUUACCUACCUAUCAACAAUGCUGGAAAAUUUUUGGAUGUUUUGUGUUUUGUUCGCGAUUGUUCCCGGUAUAUUGCAAUGCGAUAGUCGAUUGCAACCGGGUUUGUUACGAGAAUUCAACAAUGUUUUCAAUAACCUCUCAAAUCUAGCGUUGAUGCCACGUUUAAUGGAAACACCAGAAUGUCGUCGCGAUUGCGAGAUAUAUCAACAAGCUUUUCUACAAAAUCAAAUGUGGGCUGCCAAAAUGUUCGACACCAAUGGCAGACUACCUGCAGGAAUAUUGAAAGGCAACGUGCAUCAAUUGGGAGAUUUGAAGCAAUGUGUGUCCACUUCAUCUGAAUCAGCAAACGUAGAAGGAAAAUUUUGUCUCAUUAAAAUUUACAUAAAACCAAUGGAAAACAACACAUUUAUGAAAGAAAUUUGGAAAAAUGUCUUUGAUAUAAUAUUGUUCGCGUCUAAGCCUUAUGAGAAAAAUAUUGUUCCUUUUAAUGACGUAAUUCUAUCAACAUUAUGUGUUCCUUCUUCUUGCACUGCUCGUGAAUUGAUGGUGGCAUCGAGAAAAGCGUUAUCAAUUUUUAAUCAUAGCACAUUCGGUCUAGAAGCUCAUGUAGAUGAUUUGAGCGAAGAGAAUUGUGUUAUUAAAGAAGAAUAUUAUAGGAACAAAAUUCCAUUGGCUUAUUCCGCAAAAAUUUUUAUAGUUUUUGUGACUAUUCUUGUAUGUUGUGCCACUGUUAUUGAUGUGUUUUUCUUGCAAAAUGUUCAAAUGAAUGGUAAUUCAAGAGUACUAGCAUUUUCCAAAUCGUUCUCAUUACAACAAAACUGGAAUAGUCUAACAAGUGUUGAAAAUAAUUGUGAUUCCGUUGGUUGCUUAAAUGGUAUAAGAUGCGUAAUAUACUACUUACUGUUCAUGUUGCAUUUCUCCUUAAAAUUCAUAAUUUUUGCCGUCGAUCAAUCGGAUGUCGCUCAAUUUCUACGAUAUCCCUUUCUUACUUCUUUGGUGAAAAAUACACCUAUUGUUUUGGACACAUUGAAUUUUUCAUCAGGAAUUUGUCUUUCCCACAAAAUAGUGAAAUGCUCAACAGAGAAUGAUACAAGAGGAAUAUUGAAAUUGAUGUUCUUCAAGUAUAUUAGGUUCCUAAUGUUCUGGGUUGUUUUUCUUUCUAUCCGAUCGACAGCAGUUAGCAAAAGCAAACUAUUUCUGCUCUAUACUCCAAAAAUGAAAAAUCCCAGCAUUUGGAGCAUCAUAUUUUGCUAUGAAAAUUUUUAUGGCUUGGCAAAUAUGUAUUUCGUACCAACUCACACGUUUUACACAGAUAUUCAACUUUGUUUUAUCGGCUGUCUCAUAUUAAUUCUUACGAGACAUUGUGAGAACAAAAUGAAAAUAUUUUUUUCCAUAGCUUUCGGUUCAUUGAUUUUUAGAUCAUUAUUUCUGUAUUUUUAUCCCGAAAUACCAUCUUAUUUGAUAUUUGGAAUGCCUUUGAACCACUUCUUGAAUAUGAUGAGCUUCAUGUAUGGUACUCCAUUCAGUAGGCUGCCAUUUUACAUGAGUGGAAUCGCAUUGGGAUAUUACGCAGCAAAAAAUCCAAACCAAAAUUCAGCCAUUUCCUCGUUUUACCAGAAAAUUGGAUGGUAUUUUGCAUUAUUUUGUGCAUGUAUCAUAUUGUACUCUCAUUAUGAUAAUAUAGAUCUUCAAUACGAAUACAGCAGCUUCAAUGGAGCUGUUGUCAGCUUCAUUAACUCAUUGUUUUCAAUGAUUUUUCUAAUAUGGGUGGUAUGGUAUUGUGAAAUGUUCAAAAAGUCUUCCAAAGUGUACAGAUUUCUUGCGGAUCCAAAAUUCGUCAUAUUGAAUCGUCUGACUCCAUAUUUCAGCGCUUUACACUUAUUUGUUUUAUAUGUAUGCAUAGCAGAAUCCAAAUUCUCUUUUGAAUUCAAAUUGAACGAAGUACUUGGAUUGGAUUAUUUAUUAUUGACUAUUUUAGUGUGCGGUUACAUCGUCUUAUUCAUCGAUUUACCACUGAAAAAUAUGUGGAAGUAUCUCACAAAGAAAGAUGUUGCAUUAACCAGGAGUAAAUGUGAAUGAAAGGACAUUGACACUGUAAAUCAUUGCCCGUGAACCAACCAGCUGUUAUCUUUGCAAUAACCAGUAUGGGAGUCUCCAUUCAAUAAUCAACGGAAUAACAAAAAUAAUUCGAUUUAAAUUUAAAAUAAUUUUAUUUAACUAUGGAAAACAAUGAUAUGGAGGAAAUUAUAUAAUCUUAAAAUAUAUGUACAUUUUCUUUGAAGGUUUUUUUUUAAAAAUAAUGCGAUGAUUUAUAAUAAUAAUCGAAACUGAAUUACGUAAACAUCUAAAAUCGAAUAGAAUCAGAAUAAAAAAAUUAAAAUAAAUAUUUUUUUUUUCUGUUUUUGGUACUUCUCUGCUAAAAAUAACGUUAUGAUGUUUCAAGUAAAAAUAAAUUACAAUUACCAGUCAAACAAUAAAUAAAAAUAAAUAUUUUAAACAUUAUAUUACAGUAAAAGAAGCUUUUUGUGCUUUAGUAAAUUACAGCCACGUUUAAACCAAAAAAAAAUCAACGGAAACUUCGUUUCUAAAACGCAAAAAUAUAAAGUUAAUCAACAAAACAAAAACAAUUGUUAACGUAAAUUAAAAUAAUGAACAUGUUGAUAAAUUUUUUGGUAUUGAAUUCCGAUACGCGUAAAUUUCGAAUUCCAUAAAAAUUUGUGAAAUGGAAACAGCAUGUAGGUAAGUAUUUUUUCCCCAGAAAAUAUUAACAAAAAUGAAUAUUGCUAAAAAUGGCCGAAAUAUUCAGAUAUGUACAUCUUAUUACAUAUACAUAUUAUUAUUAAAUUACGUUAUCAGUAA